AUGAAUAUAUAAGAUUUAAGAUCUAGCAUAGCUUAAAAGUAUAGUGAGCAUUGUGAAAAAAUACAUCAUCAACCUAAUAAAGCGCUGAUUAGGGAAUUAGUUAAUCCAUCUCAUAAUGCACCUCCAAACGAUGAAUAAGGAGGUAAUACAAGUUUAGACAUCAUUUUUAGAGGAAAUGAUAAAUUAAAUUUCUCUUCACGCUUGAGAGAUAAGGAUUUAAUUAUUCUAUGUGAAACACUCUAAGAAUCUGGAGAAAUUAUUCGCCAUAUUGAUCUCAGUUAUAAUUUAAUUACUGAUACUGGUGCUGAAAGUUUAGCUUAAUUAAUUGGUAAUUGCCCCUAUCUAGAGUCAUUAAAUCUACAAGGUAAUGAUAUUGAAACUGCUGGAAGUCAAGAAUUAGCCAAUCACUUAAAAGAAAACUUUUCACUUCGUUAUUUAAAUUUAGAAUCUAAUAAAAUUCGUACUAAUGGAGCUAUGAAUAUCAUUGAAAUUUUAUUCACUAAUAAGAAUCUUAUUGAAUUGAAUUUAGGAGAUAAUGAUAUAACUCAUGAUGGAAUGAUUGGUAUAACCUCUGUAUUAAAUUAUUAAAAUAACACAUUAGCUGUUUUGAAUGUAGACAGACCAACUUACACCUCUAUCGGAUAAGAAACAGCUAUACAUUUCGCUAAGAUGCUCUAGUCAAAUAGAUCAGUAGAAAAGCUUUCUCUUUAGAAGCAUGCUUUUAAUUGCGAGGCUAUUUAUACAAUUACUGAACAUUUGCUUGAAAAUAAUAAAUUAAGAGUGCUUGAUCUUACAGCAAAUAAAAUAUCAUUCAAAGGCUGCGAAGCACUAGCUAAAUAUUUAUGCAGUGAGUAUUGUGCCUUAGAAAGUUUAAUAUUGGCUUCUAAUCGUACAGGCCACUAUGGAGCUAAAGUUAUUGCUUAAGCGCUAUCUAAAACAAGAUCUUUAGUUCAUUUAGAUAUGACAAGAAAUGACAUUGAUGAUAAUGGGCUUAAAAUGAUUGCUGAGUCUUUAGAAACUAAUGACUCACUAAUAAGCUUAAAGUUAUACUGGAAUCAUUUCGGUUAGAUGGCACUGUAAGAAUUCCACAAAUUGCGUACUAGACCAAGAAAGGAAAAUUGGUAUUGGGAUUUCCAUACCUACAUAGUAGAUAGCCAUAUUGAAAUGGCAUAUAUAGAAACUCGUGUACCUUAUGACGUUACUGUAUCACUUAAAUAUUAUGUUGAAUGA